GUCCAAAGUACAAGUUAUUUCUCCUGAGUGAAGAAAAUAGAGUAUCUGAGGAGGAUGAAGUAUUAACCUCUCGACAGACCGAGGGGAGAGCUUCGUGUGAAGGUCGUGUUUCUUCAAAGAGGAGUCAUUUCAGCCAGCGCUACAAAACUAGCUUGUUUCUGUCAGCAGCAUGGCCGAGCCGCAGGAAAAAGGACAGAUGCUUCCUGAAGAUGUUGGUUCAGAUGACUGCCUAACUUCCUACACACACAUCUACAGUCCAGAUCUACUCAAAGAUCAGGUUGCUUUUAUCACAGGUGGUGGAUCUGGAAUUGGACUCAGGAUAGCUGAAAUCUUCAUGAGGCAUGGCUGUGAUACAGUGAUUGCAAGCAGGAACUUGGACAAGCUUAAAGAGGCAGCUCAAAAGCUGUGUGCUGCGACAGGGCGCCGCUGUCUUCCUCUGUGUAUUGAUGUGAGGCAGCCUGAGAGCAUCACAGCCGCUGUGGAUGAGACACUGAAAGAGUUGGGCCGCAUCGACAUCCUCGUUAACAAUGCUGCUGGAAACUUUCUCUGCCCGGCUUCUGCUCUCUCCUUCAAUGCUUUCAAGACAGUGAUGGAGAUAGACACUAUGGGAACAUUCAACACCAGUAAGGUGGUUUAUGAGAAGUGGUUCCAGAGUCAUGGAGGCAACAUAGUCAAUAUAUCUGCAACGCUUGGAUACAAAGGACAGGCCCUCCAGGUGCAUGCUGGCUCUGCUAAGGCUGCAAAUGACGCAAUGACGAAGCACCUUGCUGUGGAGUGGGGGCCCAGUGGAGUUAGAGUCAAUACUAUGGCUCCAGGUCCUAUCUCUGGCACUGAGGGUUUCCGUAGGCUGGGUGGUCCAAGAGGAGAGGCUGCUGGUGCGUUCCAUUCCAUUCCUCUGCAGCGAGCAGGCAACAAGACAGAGAUGGCUCACAGCGUUCUCUUCUUGGCCAGUCGAGCCUCCUCCUAUGUGACCGGAGCCAUCCUGGUUGCUGACGGCGGGGCAUGGCUGACCUCACCCAAUGACGUCUCCAUGCUGUUGGGUAUUGCCUCCUCUAAAUCUAAACUCUGAACAGGGGCUCUCCUGUCCUCCUCCUGACCAAGGUUAUUGGUCAGCUGAAAAGAAAAGAGAUAAGUAAAGUCUGGAUACAAAAGUGUCUGAAGUAAUGAAUACUAGAUGUACAGUUACACCUAACAAUUUACUGUAUUAUAUAUUUUACACUCUUUCCAAUGUUUAAAGUCUAUAUCAAGUCAGGGAUUAUAGGUCACCCUUUAAUUUUCUGUGUAAUAUCAUGCAUACCAUGUACAGUCCUGUCUAUCAUAUGCCAUUAAAUUUGAUUUUCCAGUAACUCUCAUUUAUUUUGUAGUUUUGUAUUAGAGUCAUAUUUGUCAGGUAAUAAACGUUUCUUGACUACU